AUGCCAGACUUCAGACGUGCCGACUCUGCCAGCGCCUUACCACACAGCGCAAGUAAUAUUGCGCCUCGCGUUUCUCGCAGUAAUAGCCCAGAUCUUUUUCGUCAAACAGACUCGCCUACACCGCAUACAGGUCGCCCGAAUCCCAUUCUUGCACGACCAAGCCUUCGCGAGACACAUUCAGAAGACUUGCUUGCACGACGUCGUCGGCUGUCCACAGAAGCAAUCCAUACCAUGCAAGCAAGAACAGAGUAUGCUGAGAAACGAACAAGUCGCGGCAGUACGUUGUCGUCAGCUGGUAGCGCCAUUGCUGCUGAAUUGGCUGGACCAUCCUAUACGAGACGCGCGCGUGCGCCUUCGUGCGCAUCGCCGUCUUUGUCGAGUGGACUCAACCAUCAAUCACCAGAAUUCACAGAAGUGCAUGAUUUGGACAUGACGCAAGCUUCUGCAGCAGCGGCAGAGUCAUCAACGCGACGCAUGCUAGAUUAUGAGAUUCGGAAUACUUCCCUCAUGGCCGUGAAUGCGCAUCUUGAGAAACAAACACGGAGACAGGCGAGUGAACUCAAGCAACUACGGAGACAUGCGCAAGAAGCGCGUGGUCUGGGCACAAUGAAGCCGCUGUCGCCUGAUGCCUCAGAGGCGUUGACUUCAGACGACGAUGCAUGGCCGGCUGAUAUGGAAGACGUACGGCGUAAAGUCCUGUUGAGCGAUGAAUUGACGGGCACGAUACGAAGUCUUGAUGGAAGCAUUCAGCGCGCACUGCUGGUCAGUGAACAGCUGUUGACGGAUGCUCAGCGUGGGCUGGCUUAUCGUCCGCGCGAGUCUGAGGUUGGACUUGGUGUGCGUGUGCUGCAGAAGGGCGAUCAGGAAGAUGAGGAGGAAGAGGGACUCAGUAAUGAUGAUGAUGAAUAA